CUUCCGGCGGCCACGCCCCCAGCACUGGGGCGUCUCCAUUUUGGCCGCGCAGGUUAGGGACGUGACUCGGACCAGAGGAUCGGCGAAGCGGUGUUUUCAGUACUCUGAGGGCCGAGCCGGCUCAUCGCACUCUCUCCCUUCCUUACUCUGCCUGCAGAGGCCGGGGGCGCGCAUGGCGGGCUUGGAGGUCCUGUUCGCGUCGGCGGCGCCGACCAUCACCUGCGCGCAGGACGCCCUCGUCUGCUUCCUACACUGGGAGGUGGUUACACACGGCUACUACGGCUUGGGCGCCGGCGACCAGCCGGGUCCCAGUGAUAAGAAAUCAGAACUGCUGCCAGCUGAAUGGAACAGCAAUAAAGAUCUGUACGUCCUCCGGUAUGAGUCUAAGGAUGGGUCCAGAAAGCUCCUAGUGAAGGCUGUCACCGUGGAGAACAGCAUGAUCAUCAACGUGCUGGAAUGUGGCUCACAGCAAGUGUCAGACUUGACCCUGAACUUGAAUGAUUAUAUCGAUUCAGAACACCUGGUUGACUUCCACAGGGCCUACAAGAACAGUGAGGAGCUUCGGUCUCGGAUCGUGUCUGGGAUCAUCACACCUAUCCAUGAGCACUGGGACAAAGCCAGUGUAAGUCCCCACCGGGAGUUUCCCCCUGCCACUGCCAGAGAGGUGGACCCACUCCGGAUUCACCCCCACCACCCACACACCAGCCGGCAGCCUCCCUGGAGCGAUCCCCUGGGCCCGUUUGCUGUCGGGGGAGAGGACCUAGACCCCUUUGGGUGUCGGAGAGGUGGCAUGAUUGUGGAUCCCCUGAGAUCUGGCUUUCCAAGAGCACUUAUUGACCCAUCAUCAGGCCUCCCAAACCGUCUUCCUCCAGGCGCUGUGCCCCCAGGAGCACGCUUUGAUCCCUUUGGACCCAUUGGGACCAGCCCAUCUGGACCUAACCCAGACCAUCUCCCCCCGCCGGGCUACGAUGACAUGUACCUGUGAAGGCCUCAAGAAUGUAACAUCCCAGCCUUCCCUCCACUCUCCUGGAGCUGCCACUGCCGGCCCCAUCAGCAACCCUUUUCUUGUGGGUUGGCGGCAAGGGACUCUGCCCAUGUGUUUGCAGGCCUGCUGGGAUUGCCUCCCCACCCCCUACCAGAGCCAAGGCACGUGCUGCAGCUCUUCACCUGGCUGCAUCUAGGUCCCAAAGAGAAAGCAGUGUGUCUCACCACCAGCUCCUCCCCACUUCCCAGGGGAGACUCCGGCAACAUAUACCCUCGACCCAAUGCAGUCCCAGUUGCAGCGCUAUAAGAACAGAACGCAUUUUGGAUGUUAUUAUUAAGAACCAAAUGUCAAUACAAAAAUCAUGUUGCCGGUUUCCCACUCUUCUUUACUGCAUGGCUCUUUCCAUUUAUGAGACUUGAGAGUUUGAAUCUUUGAGGGUCUGAGUGACUCUUUCUACCCAGGACCUGUUCUUGCUUCUCACGCACCUUCCUUCAUAAAUUGCUUUGCUCCUGACACCAGUGAGAUGGGUCCCAGUCUGGCUGCAUGGAUGAAAAGGAGUGACUGGAAAUCCCAUAGGCCACAAGGAUGACUUUUACAAGGACAGACACAUUGCAGAAAGACUGCAUCAUUCUGAAAAGGGCAAAAUCCUCCAGUUCCGCUUGUCUGAGCCAGUCCUCCGGGUCCAUCUGUGCCUGAGCAGUGACAGCCUAUGAACAGAGGAAUAAAGAGAACAGACCUGAA